CAGGAACAGAACCGCAAUGGAUAACAUUUACAACAAUUUACGUAAAAGCAAUAUGGCUGCAACUUCAGUUUUAUAGCAAAAAUGAUAUAUUGACAUUCAUUUCCCAUGAAGAGUAUCCCUAAAGUUUGGUACAAAUUAUUAUAAAUAAUUCGAUUAAAUGUGUCUCAUAUACAGAAACAAAUAUUAUGGCGUCUAGUGAUGAUAGCCCACUAGAAGAUGAAAGAGUGUCUUCUCCUAUUAUGACUCAAGAACUAACUGACAGCAAUGCUACAAUUGAGAAGUGUGGAAAAAGUGUUGCACCUUGUAGCUGCAACACUGAGAAAUGUGUAUCUAAUGGUAACAAAAAUGGCAUUGGUAACGCAAAUUUGUCAGAAGACGAGGUUUAUUGUAAAAAGCAGUGCCUAAAUUCGAAUAACGAAAUUUUACCCUACCAGAAAAAGAUUAAUUUGCCCGUUGAAGAUACUUCCCUGGAUAAAUUCUUUGAAGAUACGCUUCAAGAAUUCUGUAAUAAAUACACCCGCCCCAAAUCGCCUAGCGUCACAAUUGAAAAGUCUGCAAAUGGAGUAUUGCCCAAAAGCUCUCCCCACCUGAAUAAUACCAUCUCCAACAAUGCUGAAGAAUGUGAAGAUGAGACGCCGAGUAUUAAACAUGGGGCAGCGCCGGACGACGCUGUUAAUGGCAAUGAGCCGACGAAUAACUGUUCCGCUUUUCCUAAAAAUGUAAUUUCGAUUAAAUCCGAGGAAGAGAGCCAACCUGACCGAGAUGAGGAUGUAGUAAAAUAUAAUUUUAAAACAUGUAAUCAAAGUCCAUUGGUCGAAACCAUCGAUUAUAAGUUACUUGAAGGUAAGAGUGGUCUUGAUUUACUCACUGCUAUAGAGGAACAAACGACAGUGAAGUUAGCGCAAAUGGAGUGGGAACGUACCUUCAGCCUGUCUACCAAUGGUUCACUAAAUAAAGAUAUCCCACGUAAAUGGCAACGAAGAAGAUCUGUAGAGUGCGCCGUAUCUAACAUUCACGAAAAGCAAAAUGGUGAAACCAACCGCGGUAUUAAAAGGGCUAGAUCUGCGGAUCUAAAUUAUUUUUCAAAAAAUAAGAUUCAAAGAAUAGACUUUAAACCAUUCGCCGACCUAAAGAAGGGCGAAUUGAAACCAUGUGACUUUCCAAAGAAAGAGAGGAAAGAAGGGGUGGACAAAAAGGAUAGAGAUAGAAAAGAUAGGAAAUCAGAUUCUAUUCGAUCUGAUCGGCACAAUUCGUCCAAGAAAUCAUCAAGAGCGUCGAUCGGUAUCCAAGCUCGAUGCUCUAAAGACGGGAUUAAGCAUAAUAUGAAAACAUUAUCGCCUCGACCUUCGCUUAUGCCCAGUGGAAAUUACCUUUAUCCGCCCACCGAUUGUAAACUGAAGUGGAAACGAUAUUUUCACGUCGAAUAUCAUUGCAAUGGCGGCGCGUCGGUUCUGCACGCCUAUCAAGACGAGAUAAAACAUUUGAAGGAACAAGAAAUGCGCGAAUUAGCUUUAGAAUUCUUUAAGGUGGCGUUUUCGGAGGACGAAAACGGGAAAGCGUUUUAUGUGAUGGCGAUAGUUCACGGAGCAGCUAACUAUCUCCCCGAUCUCUUAGAUUAUAUGGCGGAGAGGCGGCCAACCCUUCCUGUUAAGCACGGCCUGCUUACCAGAUGCUCGGAUUUAGAAACGACUACCUUAACUGCGUACCAUGAAAGUGUUGUGAAACAUUACAACCACGGUACCUACCGAUAUGGACCAUUACAUCAGAUAAGUUUGGUUGAUACCGCUCAUGAAGAAGUUGGGGGAUAUUGUCCGGACGUUCUUGACAAGUUGGAGGAAAAUAUUUUUUUGAAUUUGACCAUGCCCUGGGGCUAUCUUUCUGUAGUUCAUAUGAGAAGGCAAGAUUCGAACGACGGGCCAAUCUUGUGGUGUAGGCCGGGAGAACAACUCGUUCCUACAGCGGAAUGUGGGAAGUCGCCCUUCAAAAGAAAGAGGACCGGCAUUAACGAGUUACGAAAUCUUCAGUAUUUACCAAGAUUCUCCGAGGCGAGGGAGUACCUCUUUGAGGACAGAACCAAAGCGCAUGCCGACCACGUCGGCCACGGUUUAGAUCGUAAAACGACGGCCGCCGUCGGUAUAUUAAAGGCCAUCCAUGGGGGACAAAAAGAUGGCGAUAACAAUCGCGUUACCAAAGAUGUAAUUGCCUUUUCGGCAAAGGAUUUCGAUGUGUUAUCGGAAAAGCUACAGUUGGAUUUACAUGAACCUCCUACUUCACAGUGUGUUACGUGGAUCGAAGAUGCCAAGUUAAACCAACUACGUCGUGAUGGUAUUACUUAUGCUCGAAUAAAUCUGUACGAUAAUGAUAUUUAUUUUUUACCGAGAAAUAUCAUUCAUCAAUUUAGAACUGUGACCGCGGUGACUAGUGUUGCUUGGCAUGUUCGUUUGAAGCAGUACUAUGAUAUUAACGACGAAAAUUGUUCUCAAAAUGAGAUAAAGGAGAAUAAGGAAAAUUUGACGUCCUUGAAAAAAGAAAAGCAUUUGGAGAGACCUCAUGUACAAGCAAAUGAAAAACAUAAAACAAAACCGGAGUUAGAAUAUAAAAUGUCAGUUGAGAAAAAACACAAAAGUGACGAUUAUUACCACAGUAGUAAACAUAAUCGAGUGAAAGAUAGAGACAAGGAUAAAUAUGGGAAGGAUAAAGACGAAACGGAAAAGAAAAAAGUAAAAGAUGUGCACGACAGACGGGAAAAGAACGACUCUGACAAAGCCAAGUCAGGGCAGGAGAAGCACGAUCGUAGUGACCGACAUAAGGAUAGAAGUCAUGACAAACACAAGGAUUCCAAACAUAACGAUAAACAUCACCAUCACGAUAGUCAUCGAGAUAAAAAACAUAAAAGCAAACACAGUAGUUCUCAUAAAGAUAAAGAUUACUAUGAGAAAAAACACUCCCACUCUGAUAAACACAGACGCGAUCAUAAGAGCCACUCUGAUAAAUGUAAAACCUCCGAAAAGGAAAUGGAUAAAGCAAUACCAAAAACCCCCACAGCAGACGACAUUUCAGUGAAAGUCUCUCCAGAAAAACCUGAAAUAGUCAAAGUAAACCACGAGUCAAUAUUUUCGUCUAAUUGUUCCUUACCGCACAAUGUAUCAGUGCCAGACUCUACGAGUAACGUAAACUCGAACGUGAGAGUUAGUGAAGAAAACUUAAAUACGACCACCGCACAGUUUGCCGGCGCGAGUGUCGGUAGUAACAAUAAUCAAGUGAAAUCUAGUGAUAUUGGUGAAUUGUUUUCACCGGACCGAAAGGCAGUGGCAAUUCAGAAAAAAAUCCAAAAAAUUGCGAAGCGGCCCAGAUUAUCGCAGUCAUCUGACGUCCUGGGCGAUAUACUGAAAAACAUGGACAAAAAUGACUUACGAAAAUAAAACUAAGUGAGCGAUAGUUGUAAUUUAUAAUUUGUACAAAGUGUUAAAAGUUGUUGUGUGUCAGUUCAUACUUGUAGCAAGUGUGUCAUUUCCUUAUGGUCGACAAAAUUAGAAUUUUUUUUAUUUAUUGUUUCUAAUGCUUUAGUUAUUAUUUUGUUUUGUCGAUAUCAAUUGGAAUACCUAAAAGAAAUUCUUAUUAAUUAACGUAAGGUACUUAUUCUAAUUCACAUUUUGUGUUCGUCUUUCGGUGAGGUUAUGUGCAAUGUGCAUACUGUUAAUGAUGAAACACUUUCUUAUUUUUCGACCACAUUUUAUUACUUUGAAUUUCCUGACUUGGGACCAGAGUUGUACCUUCUCAUUUCAAUAAUUCAAGAUCGUUCAAAGACACUUUGAAUCUCAAUAGAACUGUAAUCACUUUUUAUCACUAAUAGUAUGUGCGGUAAUAUUUGUGGUAUGGGCCUACUAAAUUUCUUUUUCAUUAUUCUAUCUAGGAACUCGUCUGAAAACGUUCGAAGGUGGUGAGUAUUUAUUGUUUUAGUAAAAUAAUGAUGCGAUAGUCAAAAUUGGUUCUACGUUUAGUAGUUCAUUGAUUGCAAAUUCACGAACAUUUAGUUAAAUUCGGUAAAAGUGAUUAUUAAACCAUUUACUGCACACUUUAAACAAUUCAGUAGUUCUGGUAUUGUAAAUAUCUACUAUUACGAAUAUUUAUCAAGCAGAUUUAGGCAGCUUAAAAAUGGACAUUUUUGUGCAAACAUUUCAUAAUGAUAUUACAAAAAAUCUUGUAGUUUUUUGUGAGCCCCACGACGGACGGGAUUCACUAGUGUGCACUAAAAGAGAAAAACAGUAUUUUUAUUAUUUAUUUGAUGCGGAAAAGCUUAAAAGAAGUGCCAUUAAUAGCGUAUCUACCAAGCUGUUUAUUGAACACACGUAAACAUAAAACACACAAAAAUCAAAAAUUAGUUUACCCUCCUUUUUCAAAACAUUUUAAUACAGUGGAAGUAUGUAUGGGAUUUUGUACAAAUGUACUCUGUAUAAAGAAUGUGUUGUACUUUUAUUUAAAAGUUGAAAAUAAUUUGAAACUUUUUUGCAAAAAAAAACCCACCCACUGCGAGAUAUCCUUUAUCCAAUGAUGUCUGAAAACCCAAAAAAUAUUUUUAUUUGAUUCAACUGACAUUUUAAUAAUCAGUAACACAAAUGUUUAGCACAAUUAUGUACCAUUUUUAGGAAGUAUAUAUUUUGGAUGAAAUCAUGUACGUCAUUUAAAUUAAAUGAAGCUCUUUACCCAGAUAAAAAUUGGAGAAUUUGCAUGAUUUUUCCUUGUAAAGUGGUGUAAUGUAAGCAGAGCAGUGAUAGAUGAUGACAAUACAAAUGUUGUCAUUAGUUUUGCUAUGUAAUUACUAGUCGACCUUUUACUUACUCGGAGGUUGACGGUAGGCUUACUAAUCGUCUGUUUAUAGAAAUAAUGUAGUGUUACAUAUUUCAGUAUGAAUUGAUUUAUCUUUAAAAUGUGUUUGAAUAGGUACCUGUAUUUCCAGUUACUUUUGUUUUCUAUUGCAUAUCCAAAUUUUUCGAUCUCAACGUGUAAAUAUAUCUAUUUUGCUAAUGUGUAAUAAAAUUCACACUGUAUGAAUAGAAUACUUUUGUACAUAUAUAAGUAGAGUGUACAGUUUUUUACGUAGUUGUAUAAAAAUUUAAAUAUAUAAAAUUGUUAGAAGUGUAGUCGAUGACUAUUACGAUUAUAUUUUCAUAUCACUGGCAAACACUUUAUUUAUUUUUUCUUUUAUAGUUUAUAAGUUUGGAUAAAUUAUCCAGUCAUUGUUUUGUAUUGUUUCUAUUAUGGCAGUUUCUCUGAAAUCAUUUUGUAUACAAUGUAUAUCAGAUGCAAAAAGAUGCAGACAUACUUCAAAUGAACCCGAUGAACAUAGAUAUAUAUUUUUUAUAAUCCUCGAACAAGAACGGUAUUGAAAGAAUCCGUUUCUUCAACCACUAGUCCAAAUUUUUAGAAAAAUGUAUUUCAAAAAAACCAGUCGCUACUUUUUGUCAUCUGCUAUGUUCUUAUUGAUUUCUUAAUGGAAUUUUUGAUAGCUCAAAUUCCUAGGUGCGAAGAACUUAAAUUAUGUUUCUAUACAGUGCCUACUCUUAUUUUGUUGCUAAGUUUAUCACAGUAUUAAUUUGUAUAACAUAUUCGUAUACUUUUAAUGUGAUUUUUGUGUUUCUAGUUUUAUAGGUGCGAGUACCUGUUGUAAAUGUCAUUAAAAAGUAUCAAAUUAGUGAAAUUAGUUUUAUCGAUAAGCGCAGUAUUUCAUGCUUUUAAAUGCCAUUUCCGACAAUGCGAAUGAGGUGUAUUACGUAUUUAAAUACAUUCAGUCCUAUCUUGUU